AUGGGUGAUAUGGAGGACUCGAUCAAACUUGACGAUGAUGACCUCCUGAGCACCACAGGAAAUAGUGUGGCUGACAUGGCUGAGUUAUCUUCCAUUGAACAGCAAAUGGAAGAGUUCGAGGAAGAGCAGAGGAAAAUAAAACAAAUGCAGAGCGACAUCGAGGGUCAAAUGAAUCUUCCAAGAAGUAGCAACGGUACCAGUAGCCCUGCAGUUCUUACUCCAGAAGAAAAAGCAGAGGCGGAUUCUCGUUCGGUUUAUAUUGGAAAUGUCGACUACAGUGUUACUGCUGAAGAGCUGGAGAAACACUUCCACGGGUGCGGUUCAGUGGCACGUGUAACUAUUCUGUGUGACAAAUAUACUGGUCAUCCCAAGGGAUUUGCGUAUGCAGAGUUUGCCGAUAAAGAAGGAAUGCAAAUGGCUCUGGCAAUGUCGGAUAGCCUUCUCAAAGGAAGGCAAAUAAAGGUGAUGGAGAAGCGUACAAAUCGUCCCGGUAUUUCUACUACGAAUCGUCCGCCUCGUGGACGUGGUUAUCGUGGGCGAGGUGGUUUUGGAGGUGCUCCUCCCGGUUACAUUAUCAAGUAUGUACCAGUGGGUGGAUAUCGCCCUCGUGGCGCACGCGGUCUCCGUCGUCCUCGUGGAUUUCUUCCUUACACGUGA